UCCCCCCUAAUCACUCAGUCGUUCAAACUGUUUGCAUUUCUCUGACACGCCACAAUCUCAAAUCCAUCGCUCCAAAAAGGUACUACUCUUCUCAAUCUCCAUUUCCAUUUCCUCCUUUUCAAUCCCCAAAAACCCUAUUUAUAUCCAUAUACUAUACGUUUUCAAUACAAUACUCUUCCGUAAAACCCUAGAAAAUGGAAUGGAACACUGAAACCGCACAAUUCCUCUCGCAAUGCUUCCUCAACACACUCUCUCCGUUACCCGAACCACGCCGUCAAGCUGAAAAUGCACUUUCCGAAGCUUCCGAUAGACCUAACUAUGGACUUGUAGUUCUUCAUUUAGUAGCUGAACCUUCCGUUGACGAACAGAUCCGUCAAUCUGCUGCCGUUAACUUUAAAAAUCAUUUAAAAGCCCGUUGGGCGCCGUCCCCACCUAGAGAGCCCAAUGUUCCGGCCCAAAACCCGAUAUCCGACCCGGAAAAAGCACUCAUUAAGAGCUUAAUUGUUUCACUUAUGCUUAAGUCUUCACCUAAGAUACAGUCACAGUUAAGUGAGGCGUUGGCGGUUAUUGGGAAACAUGAUUUCCCGAAAGCGUGGGAGAGUUUGUUGCCUGAGCUUGUUGCGAAUCUCGAUAGUUUAACGCGAGGGAAUGAUUAUGUUUCUGUUAACGGUGUGUUGGCUACGAUUAAUUCGUUGUUUAAGAAGUUUAGGUAUCAGUUUAAGACGAAUGAGUUGCUUCUUGAUUUGAAAUACUGUCUUGAUAACUUUGCGAAGCCGCUUUUGGAAGUGUUUAAACGGACUGUUAGUUUGAUCGAUCAGGCUGUCGCGUCUGGUGCAAAUGCUUCGACGCUUAAGUUGUAUGUAGAGUCUCAGAGGUUGUGCUGUAGGAUAUUUUAUUCCUUGAAUUUUCAAGAGUUGCCCGAGUUUUUCGAGGAUCAUAUGGAUGAGUGGAUGAUUGAGUUUAAGAAGUAUCUUACUGUGAAGUACCCCGUGCUUGAGGAUAGUGGGAAUGAUGGCCUUGCUGUUGUUGAUGGGUUGCGUGCUGCGGUUUGUGAAAAUAUUGGUCUUUAUAUGGAGAAGGAGGAGGAAUUGUUUCAAAAGUAUUUAAGCGGGUUUGUGGAGGCUGUAUGGAGUCUUCUUGUGGUUUCGUCUGCAUCGUCUAGUAGGGAACGACUUACUGUUACUGCAAUCAAGUUUUUAACCACUGUUAGUACUAGUGUUCAUCAUACUUUGUUUGAAAGAGAUGACAUUUUGGAACAGAUUUGCCAGAGUAUUGUUAUUCCCAAUGUAAUGCUGAGGGACGAGGAUGAGGAGUUGUUUGAAAUGAACUAUAUUGAGUUUAUUAGAAGGGAUAUGGAAGGGAGUGAUCUUGACACGAGGAGGAGGAUUGCAUGUGAACUACUCAAGGGCAUUGGCAUGCAUUACAAAGAUAAGGUCACGGCUAAGGUUUCCCUUCAGAUAAAAAAUUGUCUGGGCUUGUUUUCUCAGAAUCCAGACGCAAAUUGGAAAUAUAAGGAUUGCGCUAUCUAUUUGGUUGUCUCACUUGCCACUAAAAAGGCAGGUGGUAGUUCAGUAUCAACUGAUCUUGUGGAUGUUGAGAACUUUUUCGGGUCAGUUAUUGUACCAGAGUUGCAAAGUAGGGAUGUGAGUGCUUUUCCAAUGUUGAAGGCAGGUGCAUUGAAGUUCUUUACUAUGUUCAGAAAUCAGCUGCCAAAGGCUGUUGCUAUGGCAUUACUUCCAGAUGUUGUGCGCUUCCUUACUUCAGAGUCAAAUGUGGUUCAUUCUUAUGCUGCGAGUUGCAUUGAGAAACUGUUGCUUGUCAAAGAUGAUGGGACACGAGCAAGAUAUACAGCGGCAGAUAUUAGUCCUUUUUUGCUAGUGUUGAUGACUAACCUUUUUAGUGCCAUGGAGAAGCCAGAAUCGGAGGAGAAUCAAUAUAUAAUGAAGUGUAUCAUGCGAGUGCUUGGAGCUGCUGAAAUUUCUCGUGAUGUUGCCUCAGCUUGCAUAACUGGUCUGACAAAUGUUCUCACCAGAGUCUGCCAGAACCCCAAGAAUCCCGUUUUCAACCAUUAUCUCUUUGAAUCAGUAGCUGUUCUUAUUAGGAGAGCCUGUGAGAGGGAUCCUACUCUUAUAUCUGCUUUUGAAGGUAGCCUUUUCCCUAGCCUCCAGAUGGUCUUAGCUAAUGAUGUGAGCGAAUUCUUUCCUUAUGCAUUUCAGCUGUUGGCUCAGCUUGUUGAGUUGAAUAGACCUCCUUUACCUCAGCACUACGUGCAGAUUUUUGAGAUUCUCCUUUUACCUGAGUCAUGGAAAAAGUCCGCAAAUGUUCCAGCUCUUGUCCGAUUGCUCCAAGCAUUCCUUCGGAAGGCACCCCAUGAGCUUAACCAGCAGGGCAGGCUGUCCAAUGUUCUGGGUAUUUUCAAUACACUGAUUUCAUCUCCCAGCACAGAUGACCAAGGUUUUUAUGUGCUCAACACGGUUAUUGAAAAUCUUGGGUACGAUGUAAUAUCACCUUUUGUGGGCCACAUUUGGGUUUCACUUUUUAAUCGGCUGCAGCAUGGCAGAACAGUGAAGUUUCUGAAGAAUCUUGUGAUAUUUAUGUCUUUUUUCUUGGUCAAGCAUGGGUUACAGAAUCUCGUGGUUUCAAUGAAUGCUGUUCAGAAGGAUGUAUUUCAGACCAUUGUGGAGCAAUUUUGGGUACCUAACCUCAUGCUAAUCACAGGAUCUGUUGAACUCAAGCUGACUUCAGUUGCUUCAACUAAACUAAUAUGUGAAUCUUCAACAUUAUUGGAUUCCAAGGUUCGGGGCAAAAUGCUUGACAGUAUUGUUACUCUUCUCUCUAGACCGGAGGAAGAGAGAGUGUCGGAGGAGCCAGAAGUUCCGGACUUUGGGGAGACUGUGGGUUAUAAUGCUACUUUUGUUCAUCUUUAUAAUGCUGGGAAGAAAGAAGAGGACCCUUUGAAGGAAGUGAAUGACCCAAAGCAAUAUUUGGUGGCUUCCUUGGCGAAUCUUGCUGCUCUUUCCCCUGGAACAUAUCCACAGCUUAUUAGAGAAAAUGUUGAGGCAGCAAAUCAAGCAGCACUCCUUCAGCUCUGCAGCUCCUAUAAUCUCUCAAUAGUUUGAGAAAAACCCAUGCGGUGGACCUGUGGUCAAGAAGACCGGUGCGUGGGGUACUCCGGAAUCUGAUUUUUCCGUCCUUGCACUUCUCUGAUUAUGCUGCUUAUGGAUCUGAUGAAGCAUGUAGCUCUUGUCUAUGUGAUAGGGUGAAGCGCACAAUUGAUCUAGUUUGCAGGUCGUCUGUUGCUGUUAUGGAGUAGGCAUUGUGCUUCCAGUUUUCCUUCUUUCGUCUUCCUGUCGCCAGUGGCAGUAGCCUCUAUUGCCACUGACAUUUUGGUCGGAGAAAGUUUUUUGUUUUUUGGGGUGGAGUGUCAGAGCAUAUGUGAUUCUUAGUCAUGAUGAGAGUUAGUCAUGGAUUUGCUUCAUGAGGAAUUUGAUGUCGCUGUGGUCAAGUAAAAUAGAAAUGGUCAAACACCUAUAAAAUUUGGGAUUGAGCUGUUGUCAUGGUCUUUUUGCUGUCUUGUGCUUGUUAAAUUUUUUGCUCGCUGCAUCUACGAUGGAAUAUAAUGAUUGCUAGA